AUGCAUGCGAAUUUCGCAGCGCGCGUCGCCUCAACCCCGCCCCGCGUCUUGGACCUCGAGGAGUCGAGAAGCGCCUCGUUCCACCUCAAUCCGCUCGACCUGACCGACCGACCGACCGCUUCUCCGUGCCCUGAAAGGGCUCUUCUCAGCAGACUCGGCAGUCGCUUGGCAGAAGAGCGCCUUCAUCGCCGGGCAGCUUUGCUUUCGAAGCUCCCGUUUUCCUCUGCUCUUCCUGGCCGAGGUGUUGCUGCUCGAAAAGGGCAGCAUCACUAUCUUUCCCCUUUGGCAUCCCUUCCAUCAGCUGCUCUCGAAUUUCUGGGUCGAAUUUUCGCCCCUAUUGUUCUGCGUAACAAUCUUGGCCCGGCCAAAAAAAUCAAUCGACAUGAGGAUGUUGAGCGGACCCUUGCGUGCCAGAGCGCAGCCGCGCUCCAACAUUCCGGUCACCUCGAUGACGACCCUGCGCUACAAAGCCACGAAGCACGCCAUAGCACAUUUGCCCCCACCCCAUCGGUGCGCGUAGCUACGUCACGCUCAGAGUGGGCCGCUGUAUCAGACGGUUGGACGAAGCUUCUCCGGGACGAUGAAUCGGGCGAGGUCGAGACGGGCCCAUCAGGUGCAAGAGCUCUCGCGUGGCUCGAGCUUGGCCAUGGCGACUUGAUCGGCAAUGCGAAGCAAGAUUUCAGCCACCGGGGCGCGGGCCGAUGGCAAGACGGUCCAAACGGCUCACGAAAAUCAUCCACGCCAGCUAAAUGCGGUCCUGUGACGCUCACCCUACCGGCCUGUCGCUCGCCUCCGCUUGAACACCGUACCUCUUCCUUACCCAAUACUGCCAGCAAGAUGACGGUCGGAACCACCAACGGUGCCUCCAACGGCCACAGCAACGGCCACGGCGAUGCCCACUCUUCGUCCAUCGGCUUCUCCACCAAGGCCAUCCACGUCGGUUCCGAGCCCAACGCGGCCACAGGCGCUGUCAUUCCUCCCAUCAGCCUCAGCUCCACUUUUGCCCAGGAUGGCAUCGGCAACCACAAGGGCUACGAAUACUCGCGAUCCGGCAACCCCAACCGCGACUCGUUUGAGCGUGCCGUCGCGGCGCUAGAGGGCGGCAGCCGCGGUCUCGCCUUCUCUUCCGGCUCGGCGGUCACCGCCACUGUGCUCAACUCGAUGCCCUCGGGCUCCCACAUUGUCAGCGUCAACGACGUCUACGGCGGCACCUACCGCUACUUCACCAAGGUCGCCACGGUCUCCCAGGGCAUCCAGACCACCUUUGUCGAGAUGGACGGCACGGCCGACGACGUCUCGGAGCGCGUCAACGCUGCCAUCCGCAAGGAGACCUCGCUCGUUUGGAUCGAGACGCCCACCAACCCCACUCUGCGCGUCAUCGACAUUGCUCUCAUUGCCAAGCUGGUGCGCAACCACCCCAACGCCAGCAAGGACAUCAAGAUUGUCGUCGACAACACGUUCAUGAGCCCCUGGUUCCAGAACCCGCUCGCGCACGGCGCCGACCUCGUCAUGCACAGCGUCACCAAGUACCUCAACGGUCACAGCGACGUCGUCAUGGGUGUCGCCGUCACCAACGACGAGGCAUGGGCCGACCGCAUCGCCUUCCUGCAGAACAGCAUCGGUGCCAUCCCAUCGCCAUUUGACAGCUGGCUUGCCCUGCGAGGCCUCAAGACGCUUGCGCUCCGUAUGAAGGCGCACGGCGAGUCGGCGCUCGCCAUCGCUCAGUUCCUCGAGGCGCAUCCGGGCGUCGAGACGGUCAUCUACCCCGGCCUCCCAUCCCACCCUGGUCACGAGGUGGCACGACGACAGAUCUCGAAGCGCGCGGCCGCCGCAGGCCCUACGGGAGCCAACGGCGCCUUCGCGUACGGCGGCAUGAUCUCGUUCCGAAUCAAGGCGGACCCCGCCGACGAUGCUCCGGCUGACAAGCUGCUCUCUAGCCUCAGCGUCUUCACCCUCGCCGAAUCGCUCGGCGGCGUGGAGAGCUUGAUCGAGCUGCCGUCCAAGAUGACCCAUGGCUCCGUAGCGCUCGAAGACAGGAUCAAGAUCGGCAUCGGCCACAACCUGAUCCGAGUCAGCGUCGGUAUCGAGGACACGGCGGAUCUCAUCCAGGACCUCGAGCGUGGUCUCAAGGCGGCUGGCCUCUAG